AUGGCUAGAAAUUUUGAUGAUAUGUUUAAUGAGGUUUUGUAUGGCAAAAGAAGACGGCAAGAUAACACACUCAUAGAUCAUUGGAUCGAUGAGUGUUUAUUUGAAGAUUCAGAAGAAGAAGAUAUCGAUAGAAGCUCUAUCCCAACUCCUCGUACAUGGAUCAACAGAGAUCGAGAAGCAGGACAUGAUCGUCUUUUUCAAGAUUACUUUGCAGAUGAACCGAUGGUUGAUGCAACUGGAAGAAGAAGCUUGUCAUCACUCCAAAAAUGCACCGCUGUGAUACGGAUGUUAGCAUAUGGCGUAGCAGCUGAUACUGUUGAUGAUUAUGUACGCAUAGGCGAGAGCACUAUAAUUGAAUGCUUGAAAAAAUUUGUUGAAAGUGUCAUUUCGGUGUUCGAGGAUGAAUACUUGCGAAAACCAAAUCCAAAUAAUACGUGGAAAGGUAUGUACAUGAGUGGUUAUCGUGGGGUUGCAACCAUAGUACUUGAGGUUGUAGCAUCUUCAGACCUUUGGAUAUGGCAUGCGUUCUUUGAAGUUUCAAGUUCAAAUAACGAUAUCAACGUGUUAGAUUGA